GCCUCUCUGGGGAGAGAGAGGAGGAGACCACUGCCUCCAAAAUGACUCAAGACACCAGUUCUAAGAGUGUCCAGAAGCCCAGAGCAGAGUCCCCUACAACCAGCCUGCUAUCAAUGAAGAGUGAUCAGCCACCUGCUUUCAGCCAGGAACCAUUACCAGAUGACAAUAAGGAAGUGGAGAGCUUGGACAGUGAGGAUGCAUUAAAGAUCACACACAACCUUCUGGACAGAAGAAGUCAAACUCUACUGACAGUCCAACAAGACAUUAAGGCUAAACUGAAACACAAGUAUCAACACAUAUCUGAAGGAAUUGGACACCAUGGAAACCAAAGUCUGUUAAAGGACAUCUACACAGAGCUCUACAUCACAGAGGGUGGAAGUGGAGGGCUCAAUAAUGAACAUGAGGUUAGACAGAUAGAGAUGGCAUCCAAGAAACAAACCACACAAGAGACACCAAUCAAAUGCAACGACAUCUUCAAGCCUUUACCUGGACAAGACAAACCUAUCAGAACUGUGCUGACAAAAGGAAUCGCUGGCAUUGGAAAAACAGUCUCUGUGCAGAAGGUCAUCCUUGACUGGGCAGAGGGAAAAGCAAAUCAGGACGUUCAUUUCAUGUUUCCUCUUCCUUUCCGUGAUCUGAACCUGAAAAAGGACCAAUACAGUCUGAUGCAACUUCUUUCCCACUACUUCCCAGAGCUGAAAGAGAUUGACAGCAUUGAAGAUGGUGAAACCAAAACUGUUUUCAUUUUUGAUGGUCUGGAUGAGUGUCGACUUCCUCUAGACUUCAAAAACAAUGAGAAGUGCUGUGAUGUCACGAAGCCAACCUCAGUGGACGUGCUGCUGACAAACCUCAUCGAGGGGAAUCUGCUUCCCUCUGCUCUCGUCUGGAUAACCUCACGGCCUGCAGCAGCCAAUCAGAUCCCUCCUGAGUGUGUUGACCAGGUGACAGAGGUACGAGGGUUCAAUGAUCCACAGAAGGAGGAGUACUUCAGGAAGAAAAUCCCAGAUCAGAAUCUGGCCAAUGAUAUCAUCAAACACAUGAAGACAUCAAGGAGCCUCCACAUCAUGUGCCACAUGCCAGUCUUCUGUUGGAUAUCAGCCACUGUCCUUGAGAUGAUACUGAAAGAGGCAGAGAAGGAUGAAGUCCCCAAAACUCUGACCCAGAUGUACUCACACUUCAUAUUCAUCCAAAUCAUUGUGAAGAACAGGAAGUACAACAAAGCCACAGAGACAAACCCAAAGGAACUGUCUCAGUCAGACAAAGAGAUGAUCCUGAAACUGGCAAAGCUGGCUUUCCAACAGCUGCAGAAGGGCAACCUGAUCUUCUAUGAGGAGGACCUGAGAGAGUGUGGCCUUGAUGUCACAGAGGCAUCAGUGUACUCAGCAUUGUGUACAGAGAUCUUUAAAGAAGAAUCUGGGCUGUACCAAGAGAAGGUCUACAGCUUUGUGCAUCUGAGCAUUCAGGAGUUUCUAGCAGCAAUGCAUGCUUUAGAAUCAUGUCUGGACAAGAAGGAAAAUGUUUUCCCCCCAAAGCAGUCACUAUUGUCUGACUUACACAGGAGAGCAGUGGACGAGGCCUUGAAGAGUGAGAAUGGACACCUGGACCUGUUCCUCCGCUUCCUUCUGGGUCUCUCACUGGAGUCCAAUCAGAAUCUGUUACGAGGCCUUCUGACACAGACAGGAUGUACGACAGAGACCAAUGAGGAAACAGUUAAGAGAACAGUUGGGUACCUUUCAGUCAAGAUCAAAAGAGAAUCCACACCAGAAAGGAUCAUCAACUUGUUCCACUGUCUGAAUGAACUUGGUGCCAACUCUCUAGUUGAAGACAUGCAGACCUCCCUGCGAUCAGGAACUCUUUCAGAAACAAAGCUAGAACCUGACCAAUGUUCAGCCCUGGCCUACCUGUUACUGAUGUCAGAGGAGGUGCUGGAGGAGUUUGACCUGAAGCCAUACAACACAUCAGAGGAAGGUUAUCAGAGGUUGCUGCCGGUAGUGAAAACCUGCAAGAGAGCACUGUAA